AGGUGGCGUUUAUGAAGCCAAUUCUACCCUGAAAGUGUGUGAUUGCUAAGCAAUGGAUAUCAUAAACGUUACAAUCGAUCCAGAUGCUGGUGCAGAAAGUGGGAGGUUGCAGCACAACAACUAAGUUAGAUUGGUGGGUGGAAAUUGGAACUGCAGCAUGCUCUCAAGACUUUUGGAGGCUGAACAAAAGAAAGUUCAAGUUCUUUGAGCUAAUGGUUGCAUGGUACAGAGUCCUCAGUUGUUGCUCGGUUUUGUGCGUGAUUCAGAGUUUUGUAAUCACCUUUCCGUGCACCUUAAAAGUGGGGAUUCCAAAUUUUUUUUAA